AUGUCAUCCAGUGGAAGGAACUCCCAGGAAAGCAAUACGGAAGGUGGUCAGAGACGUGGUUCUGGAUCACGUCGUCCCAAUCUGAUUGAAUUCGUCGACAGUCAGGACCCCAAUGUGAGGAGUGCCAUUCAAAGACACACAGCAUACCAUUCAGCGGCACAACGUCGAGAUGCCAGGUCCCGACUGUUACGCCGUUCCAGCCAAACCCGGUACCUGGAAUGGGGAAGACGUCCAAGCCAGACUACCGAAGUUACUCCGGCAACUUCCUCGACCAGCAGUGCCAGCUCCGUCUCCAGGUCUCCAGCGCCACUUGCGCGCGAGAGGCCCGAGGGACCAAGCCGGACAUCCAGCACUCAAACCGAACAAGAGACGGAGACCUCUACGACCACGUCAGAGACAACGUCUAACACAGACACGGCGCCGACGGUAGGACCGUUAAUAUCAGAUGAAGAUAUCAUACUGCAAUACUAUCGUUUGACAUUCUGCCAACAGUCCACAUCCAGGGACAUUUUCGAUGGCGCAGUCGCAUAUAUCCUUGAGCACGAUGCAGCUCGACAUUUACUUCUUGCCCAUGCUUAUGCGACACGUUGGAGGCUGCAGGCCAGCCCCGAGACAGCGCAGGACCAAGUCGAAGCAGAGUCACACCUCGGACGAGGCACCAAUAUCUUGUGGAACCGAUUACGAAUGCCUGGCCAUGCCAGCAGCGACUCCAACAUCCAGGCCGUGCUAUUGCUGUUGGCGUAUACGGCAGAUUAUGGACAAAGUAGUGAGAUUCGUCUCCAUGCCGACGCUUUGCGAACCAUGAUCGAACAGCGCGGGGGACUUGAUGCAUUUGGGCAUAAUCCCGGGCUCCAGCAGCAGCUGUGGACGAUUGAGAGAUCACGCCAGUACCAUCUGACACUGGACUGUACGCAUGCGUGCACGAUCGGGCUGCGGUUUCCCGACGGGCUGCCAUUGCGCGCCCCUCGCGAGGACGGCUGA